UAUACACAACAACAGACAGAGCGAAUGUUUGCAAAGAGAUAAUGGAGUUGAAAACGCUGCUGCGGAAUUGCGCCUCGGCAAAAAAAUCUGAUCGGAAACUCGAAGAUAUUGAAAGUAUAGAAGAUGAUUACUUUCGGAAAAUGUACGAACAGUGGAAGGGUGUGAAAGCUAAGGACAAUGACGCAACGUAUAAAGUUAUACCAAAAUUUUAUUUCAAGCUACCGAAAGAGGAUGAGGUUCUGCCGCAGAAACUGCGCGAGGAAACACGAGCUCUGUUCCUGCAAAGGCGAUCCCGGCAAUUGUUAGACAACAACGAGCUUAAAGCGUUGUGGGUUCUAUUGGACAAGCACCACAGCCCGCCUUUGUCAGGAGACGACGAAUUGAUCAAUUACGAGGACUUCAAGAAAGUUGGCAACUUAGCGGGACCAAAGUGCGCUCCCUAUUUCACCGCGGUUGUCUUCGCCAAGCUGCAACAAGGAGAUCCACACGGUCGGAUCAGUAUCAUGGCUUUGUUCAAUUACGUCAUGAGAAAAGUCUGGUUGCAUCAAACGCGAAUCGGUCUUUCUCUGUACGACGUUACAGGUCAAGGAUAUCUGAGAGAAUCGGACCUGGAGAACUACAUUCUAGAAUUGAUACCAACGUUGCCGCAACUCGAAGGCCUUGAGAAAUCCUUUCAUUCGUUCUACGUGUGCACCGCUGUCAGAAAGUUCUUGUUCUUUCUCGAUCCUCUUCGUACAGGUCGAGUUAGAAUCCAGGACAUUUUGGCGUGCAGCUUUCUGGAUGAUCUCUUGGAACUGAGGGACGAAGACUUGCCCAAGGAUUUGCAGGAGGCAAAUUGGUUCUCGGCUCCAUCUGCCCUCAAAAUUUACGGACAAUAUCUCAAUUUGGACAAGGACCACAAUGGAAUGUUAAAUAAAGAAGAACUGGCAGGAUACGGCACUGGUACCCUGACUGGCGUUUUUCUUGAAAGAGUGUUUCAAGAAUGUCUCACAUACGAGGGCGAAAUGGACUACAAAACCUACUUGGACUUUGUUUUAGCGUUAGAGAAUCGGCACGAACCUCAGAGUCUUCAUUACCUAUUUCGAAUCCUCGAUAUCAACAAUCGAGGAUAUCUGGACACGUUUUGCUUGUUUUAUUUUUUCAGAGCGAUACAGGAACAGAUGACAAUGCACGGUCAAGAGCCCGUGAGUUUUCAGGAUGUCAAAGAUGAGAUAUUCGACAUGGUGAAACCGGCGGACCCGUGCAAAAUCACGUUGCAGGACUUGCUGUCUUGCGGACAGGGCGACACUAUGGUCAGUAUCCUGAUCGAAUUCCACGGAUUUUGGGCGUACGAGAAUCGCGAGGCUAUGGCAGCCGACAACGGAGACGAAUCGUCCCACGUAUGACAAAACAUCUCGAAAUACGAGAUAAACAUUCACCGACGGAAUAGAUAGCGCAUGUAGAUUACGUAUACAUACGCACAUACGCAUAUCAGACACUACUUGCUACGUGAUAUUCCAGAUAUACGUAUAUACAGAGUAUCCCAGAAUUGCCGUACAAUCUCUCUCGUAGGCAGGAAUAAGGAGUGAAACUGA